UCCUCCUCACUCUGCGCAUGCCCGACGGACGUUGCUCUCCGUAGCCAGACAGCAGCAGCUCGGAGAACCAACAGCGGGGAUGGUCGCUUCAUUUUCUAAAAAAACACAAUAUAAACGUUAUCUCUUCACAAAAUGAAGUUCCCCUAUUCAUAGACUCGCGAGGAUAUGGUGAGGAGAAGGUGUCCCGUGCAGCAUUAGCGUCAGAGUGACAUGCUGGCCUGUCUGCCAGCAUCAGGUGACCCUACUGUCAGAUUUCUCUCCCGCACGCAGAUGAACACUGGACUUCAGAAAUGGGAAACUACACAGAAGAUGAGAUCUGCCAGCUAUCCAACCCCAGCAGAGUUGGAUGCCUUUGCUAAGAAAGUUGCCAACAGCCCUCUGACCAUCCAGAUCUUCCCCAAUAGUGUCAAAGUACCUCAAAGGAAGCACAUUCGCCGCACAGUCAACGGGCUUGACACGUCCUCGUCCAGCCAGCGCCACAGUCCCUACCCGUCUCAGGUCAGCUCCAGUAGGGGUCUGCUAGCCGUCCUCCGCUUGCCCGCCAAAGGCGUCGUCAAAGAGUCGGACAGCAGCCGUGCACGGCACCUUCAGAAGGCUGCCAUGAACCCCCACAGCGGGCCGUACGGCGCUCAAAGCACUUUAAAUCUCCCGCAACCCUCCCCUCACCUACAAGGCCCGACGCCGCCCGUGGCCCAGAAGCAGGGCAUGGUUCACCCGCAGGUGAUGAGUCAGCAAAGCAUGACUCAUCCAAUGACUUUACAGCAGCCUCAAACCAUGUCCCACCCGCAGGCUUUACAGCAAAGGAGCAUGGCUCAUUCGCAAGCUCUGCAGCGGCAGCAGAGUUUGUCCCAGGUUCAGACUCCGCAGCAGAGAUUGACUCAUCCACAGAGCCUACAGAGGCAGCAGAGUCUGCCUCAUACCCAGGCGCAGCAGCAGAGCCAGCCUCAUCCACCGGUCGUACCGCAGCAGCAUCUUUCUCAUCUGCAGACACUAAAGCAUCACACGGCUUCUCCGCAAGCUUUACUCGUACAGCAGGGAGCGACUCAUGACCUGCGCCACAUGUCCGAUGGAGCUCAGCUUCCGAGCAUACAGCACACCCAGGGGUUAGGUGGCCCACAGCCCCUCCCCCAGGCUGCGGGUGCGGGGCCUCCUACCGUGCCCAACAGCCUCCAGCAGCCCCCACCGGGGUCAUACGGGCCCCGGAAGCUCCCCGACGCUGACGCCCCACCAAAUGUAACUGUAUCUACCUCCACCAUCCCACUGUCCAUGGCGACCAGCUUGCAGAACCGGCCGAGUGACCUCAGCAGCAUCGUGCACCAAAUCAACCAGCUGUGCCAAGCACGGGCUGGUAUGGGCACCACCUCUGUCUGCGAGGGCCAGAUUGCGAACCCUGGCCCCAUCAGCCGCAACCUGCUAAUCAACGCCAGCUCCAGGGUGUCCUGUCACCACCCGGCCCUGGGCUCCGUGCCCAGCUGCCUCAUGGUGGGACCCCAAGACAAAGCCACAGCUCAGACUCUCAAUGUUGCUCUCCACUCACAGCCCAGUAUAGCUGCUACAAAUAGCAUACCUGCCUUUCACGCAGACCCAGAGAAGGUACAACUGCAGCACCAGCAUCUGCAGCACCAUUUACAUCAGCAGAAACAACAACAACAGCAGCAAUUACAGCAGCAGCAACAUUUACAACAUCUGCAGCAACUGCAGCAGCAGCAGCAGCAGCAGCAGCAGCGCUCCUGGGCCCAGCAUCAACUGGCCCACAUGCAGCAGCCCCCUGAGGAGGCUCAUCCCUGCAAGAACCGAAGGAUGGAGCCUCCAACCGAGUGCGCUUUCCCCCCUCGAAACCUCAACUAUUCCCACAAGUUACCCAACGCCGCACAGUCCUUCACCCUGAAGCACCCCUCAGAAAAACCACAGCCCUCGUCCCCUGUUAACUGCCCAGUAGGUUCUAUGCCUUACAUUAAUGGCCACUACAUGCAGCCGCCGUGGGGCGGCAUUCCGGCCACAGCAGGUAACAAUGGAUCCGGCCCUCAGGACCUCCCUGUGGCUUUCCAGGGAGGGCAUGCUGCUGCCUCCGCAAACCGCAUCCCAGGGGCAAAGUACAGGCCGGGCAAAGAGGGUUCUCCUGACCAGUCCAAGUUGAUGCAGAACGUGGAUUUCUUAGGAGGGGACUUCCAGAUGCCAAGCUAUCAGGAGCAGAACAUGGGCGUUAUGGAGAAGAUGCACAGGUCGGCCAUUGGCCAAGUUCAGGAGCCUAACAACGGCGGCGGAGGCGGUCACGCUCAUCACCCGGGCUACCGUUAAAACGUGCACUUAUCCCCGCUCUGCUCCCUCCCCUUAUUGUGUUUUGAGUUUUAUCUCAACUGCUACUUUCAGCUCCUGUGAUUUAUUCAUUUAUAUCUUGCAAGUGAUCAAUUACAUUUUAAUUGCUUCAGAGCUUGAUUUGUAGACUCCACCAGGUUGUGUUGUUUCAAAGUAUUCCUCAGGUCUUAAGCCAUGUCGUACCUUUGUUGCAGAUGAAGGUUUUUUUGGAGAUUGUUGUCCACUGUGGAGUAGAAUUCCUCUUUUUCAUCACUGGCAUGGAUGUGCUGCUCUUUGUUCGCGUAUAUAUUGUGUUCUAAAAUAUUAAUUUGCAGAUGAAAACAUGAUUGUCACAGUGCUUUUUCCUAGGUUGACAUGUAAAAACUUAUUUUGAGCAUUUGUGGCCUUACAACUGCCCAAAGGCAAGAUAUUAGGAUGUCCUUGUGUGAUGUUUUUUUGCUUGCAAUUAUUUAUCCUCUUAACAGGUUUGUGAUCCAUUUAAAUAAGGUUACAUGUAUAUGCAAUUAAUAAGACUGUUGAUAAGGUUUUUGUCCCAGAGGCUCCCUCAUAGUUGAGGUGUACACUUGUUAAUCGGCUCCUCUAUCAGGAAUAUAACAUGGCUCCUGAAUAGCACCGUUUGUGGUCCAGCUAGUUAGUUUUCUUCUUUCUGCAUGGUUCAAUGGGUGAUCAGUGCGCACGCCUAACCAUCACAGAAUUUUAGUAAUUAAAUAAGACACCGCCAGCACUAGCAAAAAAGAAAUAACGGUAACACUCUCCAUGUAGUUUCUCGAGUUGCGAGUAGUUAUCUCUUUGUUUGGUAAGUCUAAAGUGCCCUCGUGUGUGUGUGUGUGAGAUAUUUCAAGAAUCGCUUUCGAAGAACUUAUUUUAUUACCAUUUUUGUCGUAUUUCUGUAGACGGCCCUACAUGAACUGUAGAAAUUCCUUUUUAAAUGUUACGGCCUAUUGUCUGGCAAAAGGACAGAAACUCUAUUAGCCCCUAUUUGUCUGUAGCUGAUGUGAAACAGAAUGGCAUCCCAUUAAUAUUAAAAUGACGUACGUAUGUCGGUAUGUGAAAGUACUUAAAAUAUUGCGAGCUGGAAAAACUGCUUAAUUUCCCCUUACCACUUUACUACUGUAAUACACGUGAACUGAUGUGGUGUGGACAUUAGCUGUGUGGCUUGAGGCCCCAUCGCAGGCCUCGCAGCGUGUUGUGUUUCUGCUACCUAUAAAGACAAAGUAAGGACAUUGAAAGCUGGACCCGCUUCCUCCUCUAGUCCUGUCUUCGGGUUGAUUUUGUCUCGGGCAAUACAUUGCUCUGCUAGCCUCAAGCCUUCUGGAAAAAAAGCCUUAAAUGUGACAGUAGUUAUCCUCUACUUAAUACUUACCUUAACUGACUUCCUUCAGUAUGGCUUUGUUGUAGGAGAGAAUCAAGUGUUUUUCUUUUCUUUUUCUCUGAGCUUAUUUGAAAUCUGUACUGUCGUAUGUGUGUGUGUGUGUGUGUGUGUGUGUGUGUGUGUGUAUAUAGGCAAAGGAAUGGGUGAGAUUGCCUUAAAUUUAAACAUUAAGGUAAUCAUGCUACUCCUACUUGUUGAUAAAUCACAUCAAAUGUUGCCUAUCAAGGAUUUUAAAAUAUGAAUAGAACUUAGCAGAAAGACUAGAUAUGUAGAACAGGGCUGUAGCAGUUAUUUUAAAGUAUUUGGACUGUUUUUUUUGUUGGUGUUAUACUUAAUAAAUAUCCUGAUCUAGUUUAAUUUAUUAUUAUUUUUGCACCACUGCAUCCUGAAGCCAUAUGUGUUUUCACAUUAGGUGCCACAGGUAAAUUGUCAGUGUGAACUGAAUUGUCUGCGAAUAAGAGCUUUGCAUCCGUUAGAUAAUCAGACGUCUUUCACAACGCUGAGCUUUUUGUUUUGUUCUGAAUUGUCCUUGGAAACACAGAACAGGUCAAAAGGGAGGAAGGGCGGCGAGAAUGAUCUGUCGUCUUCAGAAGGGAACACAGCUGAGAUGCGAGCCGUAGCCUUUUCUGGAUUUUGGUCUUAAAUUUAAUGGCAGUUUUUUUGGUUUUGUUUCCUGGCUCUCAUUUUUGAUGUGCCUGCCCCUUAAAGCUGCUAUAGACUUUUAAUCUUAACACACACUGGUAUGGUUUGUGUGUGUGUGUGUGUGUGUGUGUGUGUGUGUGAAUAGUAAUGAUGUAUGGGCUGUAUCAGUGAAAAUAAGUUCCUUUUUAUGAGAUGGGCACAGGGUGGAAAUUGCCACCACUCAAAUGCUGGUAAAUUUGGUCUACUUUAUUCCAAAUAUAUAAUAACUGACCAGUAUUCAGAGUGGUUUUCAGGAGUUCGACUGUGGUCUAAAGGCGAGAUGCAUUGCAGGCCCGUGUGGGUUUCUGAACACUAAUCCAUCCGACAUACCGGCCCGGUUUAUUUUUGAACUGCCUCGUUACAGCCCGACAUAGUCAGGUUCUACAGUUUCAUAUGAAGUGCCUCCACUGGGCUUAGUAUGGAGUAAUGUGCAAAUGAAUGCGUGUGUGUGUAUGUUAAGCUUGGGUACUCGCACACAGGUGUGCGCGCCGACAAAAAACGUGCACAAAGUUAAUCUCUGACGGGGGACCAAGCUACUUAGUUAUAACUACUGAUACUGUGUCAUGGACUUGAAGUCCUGAAGUGUGCCACGACUCCUCGACGCCGUCGCGGUGUGUGUGUGUGUGUGUGUGUGUGAGAGAGAACUGUUUGCUGCUGACCAAAGUGACCAAGCGUCCCUCUUUGUCACCACCUCGGCCUAAACGCCUCGGUGAGCUUGUACCCGGUGACAUAAAGGAGAGCCUCUGCCCUCGCUUGUCACGGUUAAAGAAAAUCCUGUGAAGUAAAGAUGUGAACGGAGCGUUUAAAAAAAAGAAAUCUAGAGUGAGUGGUUCCUGUCUGCCCAGUGCACCCCAAUGUGGCCCCAAAGCAACAUUGGGGUUGCUGUUCUAACCGAAACUUUGUAUGUUCUGUGGUUCCGUUUCCCAUUUUUAUCAUGCAGAAAUGUUGUCACACAGUACACGUCAAUUGUAAGAAUCUAAUGUAGCUGACUGAUGGCAAUAUCUAUUGGGACACAGGUAUGAGAUGACUCUCUAGAUUUAUUUUUACUCUGAUUUAUCUGAUUGUCUUUGAUUAAUUGAAAAUGUAUCAUGUUGUGAACGGUGGUGGAGGGGGGCUUACUUUCUCUACUUUGUGAAAAUGUGAUAUUCCAGUUUUGCCUAACCUUCAGGAAUAAAAAUGUCUUGCACAAACAUUCCCCCUAACCAAAAUAAAGUUUGCAAAC